AUGCGCCGGGGUCCGGCGGGGCGGCUCCGGGGGCGGCGGGGAUGGAGAGGGGCCCCGCUCCGCCCGGCCCCGGAGGCGGAGCCAGCGCCCGGCGCGGCGGGAUCGGGAGCCACAUCCCGCAAAGGAGGAGCGGGGCCGGGCACGGCAGCGGGGCGGCGGCGGGGCCGGAGCCCAGCGCCGGAGCUCCAGCAGCGGGGCCGCCCCGCGCCGCCGCCGCCGCGCAGGAUGUGGUGGGACGAGCGGGUGUCGGCGCGGUUCCGGAGGAACCUGCAGCCCACCCUCACCUACUGGAGCGUCUUCUUCAGCUUCGGCCUCUGCAUCGCCUUCCUGGGGCCCACGCUGCUGGACCUGCGCUGCCAGACCCAGAGCUCGCUCUCGCAGAUCACCUGGGUCUUCUUCUCGCAGCAGUUCUGCCUCCUGCUCGGCAGCUGCCUCGGAGGGGUCUUCAAGAGGACGCUGGCCCAGUCCCUGCUGGCCCUGUUCGCCUCGUCCCUGGCCAUCUCGCUGGUGUUCGCCAUCAUCCCGCUGUGCCACAACGUGGUGCUGCUGGCCGUGGUCAUGGCCGUGGCCGGGCUGGCCAUGGGCUGCAUCGACACCAUCUCCAACAUGCAGCUGGUCAAGAUCUACCAGAAGGACUCUGCCAUCUUCCUGCAGGCCCUGCACUUCUUCGUGGGUUUCGGGGCGCUGCUGAGCCCCCUGAUCGCCGACCCCUUCCUGUCGGACACCAACUGCAUCCUGGCCAACGGCACGGCCAACGCCUCCAGCAACCUCCCGCACAUCCGCAAGUCCCUGGUGCCACACCACCCGGGCAACCUGUCCCACUACGACCUGCCCAUGAAGGGCAUGGUGGUGACACGGGUGUCCUACGCCUUCUGGAUCAUGGCCCUCAUCAACCUGCCGGUGCCCAUCGCUGUGUUCUUCCUGCUCUACAAGGAGCGGAUGGUCCCCUGCUUCAACGGCAGCAGCCACCCGCUGCUGUCAGCUGACGAGCUGGCCCUGGAGACACGGCCCGGGGACAAGGACGAGCUCUCCACCGCUGGCCCGAGGCCCCAGCCAGCUGCAGGUCACGAGGAUUUGUUCAGCUGCUGCCAAAGCAAGAACUUCCGAGGGGUUUCCUUCACCUACUUCGCCGUGCACAUCACCGGGGCUCUGGUUCUCUUCAUGACCGACGGGAUCGUGGGAGAGUACUCGGGCUUCGUGUACAGCUACGCCGUGGAGGAGCCGCUGGCCGUGGUGCACAAGGUGGCCGGGUACCUGCCCAGCCUCUUCUGGGGCUUCAUCACCCUGGGCAGGCUCAUCUCCAUCCCCGUGUCCUACAGGAUGAAGCCAGCCACCAUGGUCUUCAUCAACGUGGUCGGGGUCCUCAUCACCUUCCUGCUGCUCCUGAUUUUCUCCUCCAGCGUGGUUUUCCUGUUUGUGGGCACGGCAUCCCUGGGGCUGUUCCUCAGCAGCACCUUCCCCAGCAUGCUGGCCUACACCGAGGACAUCCUGCAGUACAAAGGUUGUGCCACCACCGUGCUGGUGACAGGAGCUGGCAUUGGAGAGAUGGUGCUGCAGCUGCUGGUGGGCUCGAUUAUCCACGAUCGGGGCAGCUACAGUUUCCUGGUCUGUGGGAUGAUCUUUGGAUGCUUGGCCUUCACCUUCUACGCCCUGCUGGUGUUUUUCCACAGGAUGUACCCCAAGCCCUGCCCAGAGCUGGACGAGGCCUCCCCUGGGAAAGCAGCAGUGCCCGAGGACACGGGGCAGUACCAGCGCUGAGGGAGGGCCCAGCUCUGCACAAGCAAUAAACCCAGCCCCAGUUAAGCAUUCCUCCCCAGGGUGAUUUCACAUUUAAUGAACUGAAUCAUGCAAGUUCUCUGCAAUCAAAAGCACAGUAGGUGGGGUAAGGCAGAAUCGAGGAAAUCAAGCCCAAAAUGUCGAGCUGAGCACGGGGGGUUGUGCCAAAAAUCCUGCGAGUGCCAGCCUGAUCCUGGGACUAAAAGCAGGGAUGUUUGCACAGCAGUUCCUCCUGCAAAUGAACUUUUUUUCCUCCUGAAAAUGAACUUUUUUUCUCCUGCAAAUGAACUUUUUUUACCUGCUCAGGACAGAGGGUGGGAAGGAAAAGCUGCUCUCUGUUCCUCAUCCAAGACUGAAUGUGUCCUGGCUCGGUCGCUGCAUUGAACAGAUUUUAUUUCUGGCCUGUGGUGCACAGGAACCCCCUCGAAUUUGCAGCACAAUCCUGGGUUUUAAUUUAUUUUUGUGACCAAUUCUGUGUCACCUCCCUUGAUCCUUCCAAAGUGGAGAAGCCCCACAGUGGCAGAGCCCCCCAGGUGCACACAGGUAGCAGGGCCUGUCUCUUAUUUGCACACUUAAUUCCUGUAUAUUCCACACUCUAAACAGUGUCUUACUCAGCAUGCUCAGGCCUCUGAAAUGAUUUUAAGUAAUCAUUUGCUUUUUUUAAUUUUUUUUUCUUUUUUUUUGGGCGGGGUUUCUCUGUUUUUUUGUUGUUUUUUUUUUUUUUUUUUUAAGUCAAGAAUGAGCUGUGCUGGUUCGUUUUGCUUUAAGUCACUCCUCGAGCUGCUCCAGCUGCAGUGUCUUAUUUUAAUGUUGGUUUUAUUUCCAACUUCCAAGCCAAGCUCCAAGAGAGAAGGGAUUUUUUUUGUUGUUGUUGUUGUUGUUUUUUUGGGAGCCAGGCUCCAGCUGCUUCACCUGUGCAAUCUCCUCAUCCAGGUGCCUUGUGUAAGGUACUCCCACAGCCCACGCAUGGCCUGUCCCAGCCACCAGGAAAGGACUGGAAUUUUGGGGAAUGUCAAGCUCCUCCUGCCAGGAGUGGCUGUGGAUGCAACUCCUUGCUUGAACUGCUGUAUGUGAUGUACAUAUGUACGUGUGUAUAUAAAGCAGUGUUUAAUUAAAGGUGAUUGAUUGCUAA